GAUCGCCACAGUGCUCUGUUCUCUGAUUGAGAGUGAAUGUACAAGACUAUUGGUAUCUUCCACCUCCAUCUCUGGUGCUCAAAAUAGUUGCUAGAAAUGUACUUCAUGUCUCCAAAGACUCUGAUGGGACUUUCGCUUUAGGAUUCACAUCGAUAAAGCACAUACUGGUCUGUCUCCGGGAAUGGAUAACCUCACGCCGGAGCAAUGGCGCGAGAUUAUGAACAAAAAGAUGCGCUUCCCUCCGGAGCUCCUCAACGCCAUUCAGGAGGGGAGGAUAGAGCUUCUAUGUGGGCUCCUGAGGACUGGGGACGGCAUCAUUCGCCAGUUGGAUGAAUCAGAGGACCGCCAAUGGAGGGAAGCUCUCAACCUCUCCAUCCGCCUGGGCAAUGAAGAUGCCAUGGAUGCCCUCCUGCAGGGGGUCAAGUUUGACUUCCGGCAGAUUCACGAGGCUCUGCUGGUGGCUGUGGACACAAAUCAGCCCAAGGUGGUGAAACGCCUGUUGGAUCGCCUGGACCAGGAGAAAGGCAACAAGAUGGACGUACGAUCCUUCUCUCAAGCCAUCUUCGACCGGUCCAUUGACGACUCACAGUUUGCACCUGGUGUGACUCCUCUGACACUUGCUUGCCAGAAAGAUCUCUACGAGAUAGUCACUAUGCUCACUCAGAAAGGCCAUGUCAUCCCAUGGCCCCAUAAGAUCUCCUGCGCCUGUCUGGAGUGUCGCAACGGCCGACAAUACGACCUGUUGAAGUUCUCCUUGUCUCGCAUCAACACCUACCGUGGGAUCGCCAGCCGUGCCUACCUGUCCGUCACCUCCAAUGAUGCCAUGCUCAGCGCCUUCAGUCUCAGCAGAGAGCUCCGCAAGCUGUCCCAAAAAGAGCCAGAAUUUAAGCCUCAGUACCUGAGCCUGGAGCAGCUCUGUCAGGAGUUUGCAGUGGAGUUGUUGGGAAUGUGCCGCAACCAGAGCGAGGUCACCACAAUCCUAAACAGCUGCGGAGAUGAGAGCCAGGACGCUUUGGAUGAGCAGGCCUUCGAGGAGGGAAUACCCAACCUGUCACGUCUGAGGCUCGCUGUCAACUACAACCAGAAGCAGUUUGUUGCCCAUCCGAUCUGUCAGCAGGUCCUUUCUUCCAUCUGGUGUGGAAACCUGGCAGGGUGGAGAGGUAGCAGGACCAUCUGGAAGCUCUUGGUCUCUGUUGGGAUCUUUUUUACUAUGCCCUUUCUUUGCCUCGUCUAUUGGGUUGCCCCAAAGUCAAAGGCAGGAAAAAUUCUUAAAAUCCCAGUGAUCAAGUUUCUCCUUCAUUCUGCAUCCUACCUGUGGUUUCUCAUCACAUUACUUGGAGAAUCUAUAACUAUGGAGAUGUAUCGAGACAAAUUUGCAUCCCGUCAGCAGAACAUCCUGCACAGCUCAUUCCACAUGGUGUGGGUGGUUGGAUUCUUCUGGUAUGAGUGUAAGGAAGUCUGGAUUGAGGGCUUGCGGAGCUACUUCCUGGACUGGUGGAACUGCUUGGACGUGAUGGUGCUGAGCAUGUAUUUGGCAUCCUUCGCACUGCGUGUGCUCAUCAUGCUCAAAGGUCACUUCCUCUGCCAUGAUCAGAGCAACAGCGACGAAUGCAUCUACUUCACUCAGACUGUCCGUGACAACUGGCACCAGGAGGACCCACAGCUCAUCUCUGAGGUGCUGUUUGCAGUAACCAGCAUGCUCAGCUUCACCCGGCUGGCUUACAUCCUGCCAGCCCACGAGUCCCUGGGAACGCUGCAGAUCUCCAUAGGGAAGAUGAUUGACGACAUGAUGAGAUUCAUGUUUAUACUGAUGAUCAUUGGAACCGCCUUCCUCUGUGGCAUAAACAAUGUCUAUGUUCCUUAUGUCAUUUCUCCACAUCUUGGCAGGUUUAAUGAGACCUUUAACUUCUUAUUUUGGACCAUGUUUGGCGUGGCCAACCAGGACUAUGUGGACAUGCCCCAGUUUGUUUUAGCAGAGUUUGUAGGAAGGAUCCUGUACGGCAUCUUUACCCUCGUCAUAGUUAUUGUCCUCCUCAACAUGCUCAUUGCCAUGAUUACUAAUUCCUUCCAGAAGAUUGAGGAUGAUGCAGACGUAGAGUGGAAAUUCGCUCGUUCUAAGCUGUACCUGAGCUACUUCAGAGAGGGCCUCACCAUGCCUGUGCCUUUCAACAUCAUCCCUUCACCAAAAGCUAUCUUUUACAUCCUGAGGGGGAUUUUUAAACGCAUCUGCUGUUGCUGCAACUAUAACUCAGAGCAAAAAUACCCUCCGAUAGCCUCGGUGUCCAGUGAUAAGGGAUCGGAGGACAGCCUGCCUUACCGACAGCAGGUCAUCAGAGCUCUGGUCCAGCGCUACAUCGAGUCAGCUCGCAGGGAGUUUGAGGAGACCAAGAGGAAAGACAUCGGUAACCGGAUCACAGAGCUGAACAAAGCCGUCUCCAGGAUGCACAUUGAAAUGAAAGGGAUCCAGCAGCUUCUACUGACUGAUGGACACGCUGCAAACGAUGCGCUGACCAAGGAUGGUUCCUCUGUGCUGGGGAAAUACAUCAUUGGUGCCAAGAAUAACUUCAGAGGCUUUAACAGCAGGCAAGAUGACAAAAACACAUCGCUUAAAGUGACAGUUCAUCACAAAGAGGAAGGGGCUGAUGAAAGGAAGGCCGAUUCAGAGGCGCGGCAGGACACAGAUGCUCUAUUGAAUCAGGUGAAUGAAAGUGAAGAAGAAGAAUCGAGUAAGGUGACAGACUGCGAAGUGGUAAAAAUGGAAGAGGGACGAGCAAAAGCAGAAAUAGAGGGUGAGAAGGAAACUGAGAAAAGAGAGCAUGUAGUAAGGUUAAACAAGGAAGAUGAUAAAGUUAAAGAGGAGGUCACAGAAGGGACAAGUUUUAUCAGCCCAGAGGAAAAGGUGAAAGUUGAGAGCACACAGGGUGCAGAGAUAAAAAGGGAAGGAGAAAUGAACUCCCAGGUGACAGAAAAACAAGAAGAAAUGAGGCCAGAGAGCAAAGAAACAAACUGUGAAACAACAGCUGCAAAAAAAAUGAUCGACAAGUUCAAUAACAUUGAGCUGACAGAAAAAUCAGGAGAGGCCGGAUGGAUGAAGGGAAUAAAAUGUGGGAGUAAAGUAGAGGGGAGAUCUUGCACAAUCAAGGGGGUCGAGAACAACGGAAACAAGAAAGCGAUUCAGUCUCCAACGGGCAGCAGCGGCUCAAACGACACUGGCUUUGGUUCACAGGAGGGGGAAGGAUCCAUAGACGCCCCAUCUGUAAAGACCUGAGCACAGUGGUUGUUAGGGGCUUUCAUGUCUGGAGACAAACUGGAGGAUUUCAGAAGUGAAUAAUUAUCAGAAUGAUCACAUUGGAUGCAGAUAUUUAAAUAUCUUUUAGUCUAGCCUAUUGCAGAGGAUAACACACAGAUCUGGGCAGGAAUCUUAACCUUUACCUUGUAAUAAAGUCCCCACUUGUUCAGCAUCUCCCCCACCAACGAAAUGAACUUGCUGUGGCCAUUAAAGGGAUGAUGAUAAAAAUAUGACGAGCAUGAAUGCAUGACACUUGCACCCAGGUCGCACAGGCUGAGGGUAGCAUGAUGAUUAUGGGUCAGAAAAUGUGCAUCUUUUACUUUCAAGCACUAAAGGUUAGAUUUAGAUCACAAAAUUGUUUAUUUAUUAAAACUCUCAAACUGGUAUAAGGUAUAGUUUCUUUUCAACGUGGUGGUUUCAAAUAAAAAGUGGACAGACGAUUAAGCUGUUGCCUUUGCUUCUGCUUUGAUACCUAACUUUCUAGGUUUUUAGUUGGAAAAAUAACCUUCUGACGUCAGAAUUCCUGGUUGGAAAGUUGGAUGUGCAGAACAAGCCAGAGAUCUAUAUUCAAUAUGGCGGCCAUACAUAUACGGUAAAACAUGAGAGAUUUCUGGUACUGUAUGUUCCAUAACCUAAUGGACAUUGUGUCUCUUUUUAACUGACUUAAACCCACAACACACUGUUUCAUUACACUAAGUCAACAUCUCAGUCUGCCUGCUUGACAUAAAUCACUGAUUAGAGCUGAAAGCGGUUGUAUUUGUUGAUUUGCUACAGAUAUCAGUCCAAAACAUUUAUGAAUGAUAAGACAGAUGUUAUAGGCCUAGCUAUAAUAAUAGAGAACAUUCCUUUUCUUUCUCCCACAUCGGAUCAUUGUUUCUCAUUAGGAUUAUAGUUCCAUUUUCAAUUACAAAAAUACCCACAAAAAUGAGGGAUAUACACUUUAUUGCCAAAAGCAUUUGCUAGCCUGUUUUGAUUCACAUGAGCUUCAGCUACAUCCCUUCCUAAUCCAUAGGGGUUCAAUAAGACGUUUCUCUACCCUUUGCAUUUAAAAUAGCCUCUAAUCUUUAAGGAACGCGGCCCACAAGGUUUAGGACUGUUUAUGGAAAUUGUUUCACCAUUGGAAGAGAAAGCCUUGCCACACCACACCAGCCCACACCAUAAUAUCCCCUCCACCAAACUUUGCACUCAACACAAUGAAGCAAGAUAAGAACUGUUCUCCUGGCAACCGUCAAACCCAAACUGAUUCAUUUUUAGAUGGAGGAGCACCAUUCGUUACAACAGAGAUCAUGUCUCUACUGUUCUGGAGGUCAGUGCUUUGCACAACUACAUCCGGUGCUUUGCACUUGGUGAUGUGCGGCUUGGAUGCAGCUGCUCCACCAUGGAAACCAAUUCCAUGAAGCCCUCUGCUCUCUGUUCUAGAGCUAAUCUGAAGAUAGCAUGAAGUUUGGAGGUGUGUAGCGACCAACUGUGCAGAAAGUCAGCCACCUCUUUACACUAUGGGCAUCUCCUGACCCCGUCAGUUUAUGUAGUCUACCACUUUGUGGCUGAGUUGCUGUUGUUCACAAACAUUUUCCAUUUUCUUGUGAUCCAGCUGGCAGCUGACUUCGGAAUAUUUAUAACAGUCUGGAUACCGAGAUGUUGAUUUUAUACACCUGCGACCAGGAAAGUGAUUCCAAUCAUUUGGAUGGGUAUACUUUUUCUGUAUUGUGUAUUUUAGGAUUUAUUUAAUUACGUUCAGAGAAAUAUAUUUCAUGUUGUGUUUUAAUCAAAUGUUAU